AUGCCAGCGAAAUCCCAGCUUGCCAACCGACACGCCAGCCAGCUCGCCAACCGACACGCCAGCCAGCUCGCCAACCGACACGCCAGCCAGCUCGCACCCCGCCCUUCUCUCGUACGUCACCCGCAUCUGCACGACCCGUCUCUGUCCCGCCUGCAUCUGCCGCGUCAGCAACUGCCGUUUCGUCCCGUACCCGUGCUGUCCCUGCCCCUCCCCGUCCCUCCCUCGUCGCACCUUCCCCCUCUACCGCGCCUGCCUAUGCCAUGUUGGGCGGUGGUGGGUGUGGCGGACAGUGGGGGCAGCGGCGGCGGGAAUGGCGGGAGUGGCGGGAGUGGCGGGAGUGGCGGGGUUGGGGGCUCAUGUGGGGGGGGGGAGGAGUGGGGGAAAGGGGUGUGCGUCCCGUGCUGCCCCGUUCUGCCCGUGCUGCCCCGUUCUGCUCGUGCUGCCCCGUUCUGCCUGUGCUGCCCCGUUCUGCCCGUGCUGCCCCGUUCUGCUCGUGCUGCCCCGUUCUGCCUGUGCUGCCCCGUUCUGCCCGUGGUGCCCCGUUCUGCUCGUGCUGCCCCGUUCUGCCUGUGCUGCCCCAUUCUGCCCGUGCUGCCCCAUUCUGUCCGUAUUCUACCCUUGAUUCUGCCCCGUGCCACCCGUGUGUCGUGCUGCCCCGCUCGUGUCUCCCCCGUGCCAGUCCUUGUGCCCCACCCGUUUCACCCGUGCUGUCCGUACCCGGUUGUGCCCCACCCGUUUCACCUGUGCUGUCCGUACCCAGUUGUGCCCCACCCGUUUCACCCGUGCUGUUCUUACCCGGUUGUGCCCCACUCGUUUCACCCGUGCUGUCCGUACCCGGUUGUGCCCCACCCGUUUCACCCGUGCUGUCUGUACCCGGUUGUGCCCCACACGUUUCCCCCGUGCUGUCCGUACCCGGUUGUGCUCCACCCGUUUCACGCGUGUUGUCCGUACCCGGUUGUGCCCCACCUGUUCCACCCGCGAUGUCAGCCGUGA